GAGACGGAGCCGCCAUGGGCAUCCCGUGUACCUGCCCGAAUGGGCAUUCAUGGAAUGGGUCUGCCCCACGGGAACGAAAUCCCCAGCAGCGCCCGACCUGCCUGGCUGCAGGGAUCCCCUGUGCCCUGAGCCACGGGGUGCUCCCACCAUCGCCCCUCUGCUCUCCCUGCAGCGCUCGGACACCCGCCUGCUCUCCCAGUUCUUCUUUGCCGACGAGAGGGUGACGCGGGUGGUGGCUGAGAUCAACGGGCUGGACGCCGAGCUGGACCCGCAGCAGUACCUGGUGCUCCUCAACCAGCUCCACCUCAGCCAGGCUCAUCUGCUGGCAGUCUUGGAGCAGAUCAUGGAGGAGUGCAUCCCCACACAGCGGCACAGCCGUGACUACCUGGUUAAGUUCCCUGAGGAGCUCUUAGUGGACAACCUAGGGAACCACAUGUUGUUUGCAGCUGAGUGUCUUCUGGCUGGGACCUUCCUGGAGGUGGAAGAGGCAGAAGGGACACAGCUGCGACCCCAGGCCAGGGAGCUGCUGUGCAGCCUGGAGCUGGUGCGGAUGGUGCUGCGGGAGCAGAGCCUGAGCCAGCCCAGCUCUUACCCGGAGCCUGUCCGGGCUGUGCUUGUCCAGUUCGACCGGCUCUUUGCAGAGUUUGAGCUGAGCUACGUGUCCUCGCUGGUGGCAGUGAAGUCUCCCGAGGAGAUUUACAGGCAGCAGGAGAUCAUCGUGCUCUUCUGUGAGACAGUGGAGAGAGCCCUGCGCCUGGGCUACCUGACCCAGGAGAUGAUCGAUGGCUACGAACCGCUGCUGAUGUUCACCAUCCCUCGCUUGGCCAUUAUCAGCGGCCUCCUCAUCUACCCCGAGGGUCCCCUCAACCUGGAGCAGAGCCCUGAGCAGAUGUCCCGGGUCUUCAGCCCCUUCUACAACCUCCUGAAGAAGAUCAGGGACCUGCUGCAGGUGCUGUCGGUGGAGGAGCUCUGCCUGCUGGAGAGGAGCCUGUGCACAGCCGAACUGGAGGACCCCUGUGCUCCAGCCACCCCCCCAGUUUGGGGAGCAGCCGUGCAAGGAGCAGACCCCCAUGCCCACUGGAGUCUCCUGGAGGUGCCCCACACCACCCCACCGCCCCCCACCUGCACGACACGGCUGGAAACCCCCAGCAUGGUGGAUGACCCAGGCACCGACUGGCGACGGAGCUCCCAGCCCCCCAGCAGCAGCCCGGGGACGGGGCUCGAUGCCACCCCAGCUGCCCACUGCUCCGAGCUGCGCUCCCGCUACAGCAGCACCAAGGACAUGCUGCACACUCUCUUUGUCUGCAUCUCAGGGGUGGCCGAUCAGCUCCAGACCAACUUUGCCAGCGACUUGCGGGGCAUCUUGAAAACGGUCUUCAAGAUCGUCGCCUCCCAGGCAGAGCCCUCGGAGGAGCCGGGUGCCAGCCAGGAAGAGGAUGGUGACCUGUGUGUGGCAAACUCUCCUCGCGUGGCUGAUUGCCCACUGUGCUCCAGCCCCAGGGAGGCUGCUGGGCUCUGGAGGGCAGGCACCCGUCACCUGCCCGAGUGGGUUCCAGACAGCACGUGCAGCCAGUGCUCAGCCUGCCGCUCGCCCUUCACCCUGCUGCGCCGCAGGCACCACUGCCGCAGCUGUGGGAAGAUUUUCUGUGCCCGCUGCUCACCUCACGCCGCGGCACUGCCACACUAUGGCCAUCCCAAGCCCGUGCGUGUCUGCACGCACUGCUACACCACACACCUCUCGCCCACGCCCCGGCACAGCCGCAGCCAGUGACAGCCUCACAAGCCAGAUCUGAGUCCACAGGAGGACGCAGAUCUGGGUGAGGAGAGAAGGGCCCACCGCAGGGCUGCUGGGCAGCUCCAGGGCCCCACGACUCCCCUCGGGGCUGGGUGGGCACUGCAGCAGGACCCUCCCGCCACGGUGGCAGGACCACCUCACCUGCUGCACUGCAGCCAUGACGAGCUGCACGACGAGUGUGCUGCCGUGCUGUGCCCUUCGGCUGGAAAUGUGCUUUGUGGUGGCUUUUUUUUUCCCUCUCCAGGUGAACUUUGGCUGCUGUUGGGGCCCCGGGGCAGAGUCUCCCCCCCGGGGUCUGGCUGGAGGGGCUGCAAACAGCCCUCCCAUGACAGCGGGUGCCCCAGGGCCACCCGUGCUGUGCCCGGAGGCUGUCCCUCCCCACCGCCACCGCCCGGUGGUGGCGUUUAAUA